GAGUGGGGCCUGCCCCUUCAAAUCUGUGACACAGACGGCAGUUUCAUUUUAUUUCCUGAGCUUUCUUUCCUUCUUAGUUUCCCUGCUUCUUUCACUACCUGUUUAUUUAAAUCUCCUCUCUCUCCCUCACUCUCUCACUCUCUCUCUCUCUCCUGUGUUGAAUUCUUUGGGUUUCUCCCUCUAGAAAAAAUGGGAAAUUUAUAUAUUAAACAAAGAUGGAGUUGAAUUCUUUGGGUUUCUCCCUCUAGAAAAAAUGGGAAAUUUAUAUAUUAAACAAAGAUGGGGGCUUUGUAUUCUUGCGGCAGUGUGAAUUCUAUCAAGAGCAAAGCAAAAGUCUUCUCCUUCACACCUUUCAAUCUCAAAAGCAUGAAUUGAGAAUCUAGGGUUUGACAGCACCAACUCCAACAAGUUGGUUUUCUGUUCUCCUGGUUGAAAUCUCAUUAGAAAGUUCAUAGCUUUGUUGGGUAAAAUAAUUGGGGUUUUGGUUACCUGGGUAGUUGUUUUAUCUGCUGUGGAUUGCUGAACAUCCUAUAAAUUGUGUUGGGUUGCUGAGUUUUUGGCACUUCUGGUGUGUUUUGUGUAAAUUGUUUACCGUUUCUGGAUUUAGGAUAGUGGUUGGUUGUUGUUGUAGAUAUGGAGGAAGUUGAAGAAGCUAACAAAACAGCUGUUGAGAGCUGCCAUAGAGUUCUUAGCCUAUUGUCUCAGCCACAGGAACAAGUUCAGUAUAGGAAUCUAACGGUGGAAACUGGAAAGGCUGUGUCUAGGUUUAAGAAAGUUGUUUCCAUUCUCAAUACUGGUUUAGGUCAUGCCAGAGUUAGAAAGCUUAAGAAGCUUCAAAUCCCUUUUCCUGAAAGAAUCCUUUUGGAUAAUCCUAUAUCGAUUGCGGACCGUCCAUCCAAAACUCCCCACUUUCUUCAAUCUAGCUUCCCUGAAAACCCAACUCAAGAUUUGAGUUUAGAUGUUAAAAGUGCGUUGUGUUUGGGGAAUCCAUCGUUGGAAUUGAGUACUAAUGGAAAAACCCCAAUUCACCCUGCCCAACAAGUGCCGCCCGCUCAAUAUCACUUGCUUCAGCAACAACGGCAGCACCAGCAACAUCAACAACAACAGCAACUGCAGCAGAGGAUGUUACUUCAGCAGCACCAGAUGAAGCAGCAAACGGAAAUGAUGUAUCGUAGGAGCAAUAGUGGCAUAAAUCUGAAUUUUGAUAGCUCUAGCUGCACACCUACAAUGUCAUCUACAAGAUCCUUCAUUUCUUCCUUGAGCAUAGAUGGAAGUGUGGCUAACUUCGAUGGUAAUUCCUUUCAUUUGAUCGGGGCUCCUCUCUCUUCGGAUCAGAAUUCACAACAUAAGAGGAAGUGUUCUGCUAGGGGAGACGAUGGGAGUGUAAAAUGCGGUGGUAGCAGUGGUAGAUGUCACUGCUCAAAGAAGAGGAAGCAUAGGGUUAAAAGGUCAAUUAAGGUGCCUGCUAUCAGUAACAAGCUUGCAGAUAUCCCUCCUGAUGAUUAUUCAUGGCGGAAAUAUGGCCAGAAGCCAAUCAAGGGUUCCCCUCACCCUAGGGGAUACUAUAAAUGCAGUAGCAUGAGAGGUUGUCCAGCAAGGAAGCAUGUCGAGAGGUGCUUGGAAGAACCAUCCAUGCUUAUGGUUACCUACGAAGGUGAGCAUAACCACCCAAGGAUACCAUCGCAAUCCACAACAACAUGAAAUUCAUGGAGAGCCUCGGUGAGCUCAAGCCCAACAGUCAAUUUAUCAAAUCCUUCUGUGUUCGGCAUGAGAUGCUCCUGUACAUAUAUUUGGAUGGUUCAAGCAUGACAUACAAAUCGGAGCGGCUAUUUCGGCUUUGGGGAGUUGGGCUCUUUCGAGCGUUUUUGCGUUCAGGCAAGCGGGCAUGAAGCAAUCAGUGCAACAAGUCUGUAAAAUUAGGUCAUUAUCCCAUUAGAACUGUUUUAUGUUUUAUGUUCUGUUUAGCAAUCAGUGCUUCAAACAAUUUAGGGUUUUUGAAAUUAAUGAAAUGCCCUUCAUGUGGUACUUUUGGUUUUCAUUUA